UUCUUUUCCGACAGUAGCGCAUCCCCGGCAUGGUGCUCAAGGCCUUCUUCCCCACAUGCUGCGCCUCAGUGGACAGCGGCCUGCUGGUUGGACGGUGGGUCCCGGAGCAGAGCAGUGCCGUGGUGCUGGCUAUAGUGCACUUUCCCUUCAUCCCCAUCCAGGUCAAGGAGCUCCUGGCCCAGGUGCAGCAGGCCAGCCGGGUGGGUGUAGCCGUGCUGGGCACCUGGUGCCACCGCCGGCAGGAGCCUGAGGAGAGCCUGGGUCACUUCCUGGAGGGCCUGGGCACCAUCUUCUCCCAUGAGCCCUGGCUCCAGCUGUGCCGGGAGAGGGGCAGCAAAUUCUGGAGCUGCAAGGCCACCCGCCGGCAGGUGCCCACCUCCCCUAGUGCCCCUGGCGAGGACCAGGUCAUGCUCAUUUUCUACGACCAGCGCAAGGUGCUGCUAUCCCAGCUGAACCCGCCUGCAGCCUUGCCUGACCGGCAGGCUGGGGAUGCCACGGCCAGCGCGGGGGGCCUGGCUGCCGUCUUCGACACCGUGGCGCGCAGCGAGGCACUCUUCCGAAGGGACCGGUUCGAUGAGGGCCCCGUGCGGCUGAGCCACUGGCAGUCGGAGGGUGUGGAGGCCAGCAUCCUCGUGGAGCUGGCCAAGCGGGCAUCGGGGCCCGUCUGCCUGCUGCUGUCCUGCCUGCUGUCACUCAUCUCAACUGCCAGCGCCUGCCGGGUGUUCAGGCUGUGGCCACUGUCCUUCAUCUGGAGCAAGCUCUCCACGUGUGAGCAGCUCAGGCACCGGCUGGGGCAGCUCACGCUCAUCUUCAGCACCCAGAAGGCCGAGAACCCUGCCCAGCUGAUGAGGAAGGCCAACAUGUUUGUCUCUGUGCUCCUCGACGUGGCCCUCGGCUUUGCCCUUCUGUCCUGGCUCCAUGGGAAGGACCGCAUCGGGCAGCUGGCUGAUGCCCUUGUCCCUGUGGCUGACCACGUGGCCGAAGAACUCCAGCAUCUGCUGCAAUGGCUGAUGGGCGCACCUGCCGGGCUCAAGAUGAAUCGGGCGCUGGACCAGGUGCUGGGCCGCUUCUUCCUGUACCACAUCCAUCUGUGGAUCAGCUACAUCCACCUCAUGUCCCCCUUCAUUGAGCGCAUCCUGUGGCAUGUGGGCCUCUCAGCCUGCCUGGGCCUGACAGUGGCCCUGUCCAUCCUGUCAGACAUCGUCGCCCUCCUCACCUUCCACAUCUACUGCUUCUACGUCUACGGUGCCAGGCUGUACUGCCUGAAGAUCUGUGGCCUGUCCUCACUUUGGCGUCUUUUCCGGGGGAAGAAGUGGAACGUUCUGCGCCAGCGAGUGGACUCUUGCUCCUACGACCUGGACCAGCUGUUCAUCGGGACUCUGCUCUUCACCAUCCUGGUCUUCCUCCUGCCCACCACGGCCCUGUACUACCUGGUGUUCACCCUGCUCCGGCUCCUGGUGGUCACUGUGCAGGGCCUGAUCCAUCUGCUCGUGGACCUUAUCAACUCCCUGCCGCUGUACUCACUAGGCCUCCGGCUCUGCCGGCCCUACAGGCUUGCAGCUGGUGUGAAGUUCCGAGUCCUGGAGCACGAGGCUGGCAGGCCCCUCCGCCUCCUGAUGCAGAUAAACCCCCUGCCCUACAGUCAUGUGGUGCACACCUACCGCCUCCCCAGCUGUGGCUGCCACCCCAAGCACUCCUGGGGCUCCCUGUGCCGCAAGCUGUUCUUCGGGGAGCUCAUCUACCCCUGGAGGCAGAGAGGGGACAAGCAGGACUGAGGGGCCCUGGCCAUCAGCCCACCCAGCACCACCACCCAGCCGCGGUCAGCCCUCCACCCUGCCAGGUU